CCUGGCGGAUGGAUACAGGGACCAAUAAUCUGCUAUUCCCUAAGUAAAUUUGGUGGAACAUGGGCAGAUGCAAACAGUGUUUGUCAGGGAUUUCUUGGCAAAUUACCAGAACCAAUCGAAGAAGAAUCUUUUCAAUUCCUCUCUGGCGCUUCGAAAAACGAAAUCUGUUGUCAGAUGACAACCGACACAUGCACGGAAAGGCCAGGUGUGAAGUUAAAUGCAACAUCCAUUGAAAAGUUCAUAACUUCACCAGGAUUUCCUGAUAACUACACUGAUUAUCUGAACUGCUACUGGAUCAUUCGGAACAAUGCUGUUUGCGGACUGAUACGUAUUGAUGUCAAAUUCAUUGAAUUUGAAUGGAAGUUCGACAAACUUCGAUUUCGAUACGGCAUCACAGAAGUGAACGUCAACACUACAUCGGAACAUUUGCUACCAAACGAGAGUGUAACAAUAUGGUUUACAUCUGAUCGUUCUAUCAGUGGUCGAGGUUUCAAGCUUUCAUAUUCUAUCACAGGCUGCACAUGUGUGAGCACAUCAGGUUUAGAUGUCAAAGCUACGUACACAAGGAAGUACAUCACCUCGCCUGGGUUCCCUCGUGCCUACCAUCACAACACCAUGUGCAGAUGGAAUAUCGCCACAUCAACUGCCUGUACUCUGCUACGGUUAGAAACAAUUGUUGUUGAGACUGAGGAUCGUUUGGACACCCCUACUAUAAAGUACGACGGAGGACUCCCAGAAAAGAUCUCAAACAAAACGUAUUAUAUCCCUAGUAACAGGUCAGUCCUACAAUUUAAAACGGAUGGAUCAGUAUCAAAACGAGGAUUCAACAUGUCAUACCAAGCUGAAGAUCUACACAUAGCUAAGAACUCUUCAGUAUUUGGAUGCAAAGACUCCCAGCUUCUAGCAGAGGCGAGGUCAAAAUACGUUUUCUCGUCGAACUACCCGGAAAACAGCAUGUAGGCAUUUAUUCAAAUCAAAUAUAAUGUUUCACUUCUUAUUGAGUAUUCAUUUAACAUUAAAUACUAUAUCACACUUCACAGAAAUAUCCCAGUUUUUGCUAGGAAGGAGAUUAGGCUGUUUUACCAACCUUGGGAAUGACACCUCAUAAGCGCAGUUAUUCUGAAAAACGUCAUCAUCGCGUCAUCACUUUAUGGACUGUAGCCUGCGUCAU